AAUGAGCAUUCGGUUGGGGACAUAGAUGUAUAAGCAAUGCUAGCUCAAAAUGCCAUUGAUGCUGCUUAUUUUGAGGAAGUCCAUCUAUUGGAUGCAAAACGUGAGAAGGAAGAGAGACUGAACGAGUUUCAGAAACGGUUGAACGAGAGGGUUGUUGCUCGAAAGUUGAAGGAAUUGCGCGAAGCAGAGGAAGUGAAAGCGAAGGAGGCCAAUGCUGUCGCUGCAAUUCGAGAAAAGUGCAGAAAUGUUUAUUCGGUCAAAAAACCGAAAGCUACAAUAAUUCCAAAUUGUAAUGGGCACUCAAAGCAUGAGAACACAACGAUUCAAAAACGAGCCAACCAAAUGUCAGUGAAGAAUGCGAGAGCAAAACUACAUCCAUCAAAUGCUCCAGUGACUGAUGCGGAACCGUCAUCGAUCCGAGUGGUUGAAUGUGAUAGAAGUUUUGUUGCUGAAAAGGACGGGAGACCUAGCCCAAGGGUCUUAGACGAUGUAACACAAACGGAGGAGUCAUCUCAAAAUCUAGUGGCGCAUCGAAAUGUAUACCGGAAAACGAUGAUGGCAAUCGAACGCGAAAGAGCUCAUGAAAGAGCCAGGUUGUUGGAAUUGAAAAAAGUGAAGCGCGAAAAGUCGAAACUCAUCGCAGCAACGCCAGGAUCCGAAAAUGCAAAUUCAUUCCUUCGACUCGAUUUGGACUCCUGUGAUUCUGAAGGCGAAGAGGCAAGUGAACCACGUCCGUCAACAGCUAGAAGUGCCCAUACAUAUAUAGUUCAAUCAGCCGAAGAAACUCACCUUCUGGAAAAGGUUCCACCUUCUAAGCAAUCAGUUAAUCAGACUAAUAAGGAACAAGAACGGUAUAGCAGUGCCUUAAGAAGGUCUGCAAAGGAACUCGCGGAGUCUAAACGGAUCCAUAUCCCACCAUUAUGUCCGUGUUCAGAUUCAUUCUGGGAUCAUGACCCGGAGAAAUGUGCAAUCAAUUGCUCCUUUUACAGGAACAGAAAGCUAUACGAUAGAGCGGCACAGUCUUUCCUCAGGUCAUACGAUAUCCAGGCUAAGUGGGCUUUCCCGACUCGAAUACUUCAAUCAGAACUAUAAAUUGCUCUCCAUUGGAAAACUGAAGCACCGUUCUUGUCAAUUUCAGAAGACGAGAUGGGAAUUGACACCAAGAACAAUAUAUUAGAUGAGUAACAGAAAUAUAUUAGAUCCUCACGAUACCAAUUAUGUCACUAAAAUAUGGCGACAAAAAAGAUAUGUAUCAUGCCUAGCGACAUAACACCCCAAAGGACCAUAGAUGUAAUGCAGAAUUGUGCAAUGCGAAACUGAAAAAGUGUUCCUACCUAUGAGAGAACAAGCUAGAAAUCUUGGAAAUGGAGUUUUUUCUCAUCAAAUGAAGUUUUAACAAUCGAAUCUUACAUACUAAAAUUCGAAAACAAGUGCGUGAAUAGAAAGGAUGUAGACAUUGCAUCUUAACACUCGGAUGUGGAAAAUAAAUUUGGGCGUCAAUAUUGAAGUUCGAAGCGACCUACGUCCUUGUGACAAAAUUCUAGUGGUUCAAUUAAAUUUUAAACUACCAGAUCCACUUCAACACUUAUUUAGCGUUUUGUAAUCAUUAGACGAAAUUUUAAAUUACAAUCAACAAACAGAUGCUAUUAAUGAAAUUUUAAGACAUGUGAAAACUUAAACAACUACUAUAUCACCAACACAGAAAGACUUAGAAGAAACACCAGCACCAAUGGCAAACAACAUGAAAAAACUCACAUCUACACUUGUUCGACAAUUUGAAAGCUAUCAACCGUUUAAACAAUCACCAAUGAUGAGCAUUUUAUCUUUCAUUAUAUCGACUGGAAUUCAUAUACUCUUCUUUGCCUUGUACCAUAUUUUCGCUUCUGUGAGAAGAAAGGUACCAUCUUUCCUAAAAUUAGAGAUGGAAAAGGAAUAAAUCUAAAUAAAGACUGUCAUGUUUUAUGAUGACACAAAGGAAGAAUCACCUCACCCGAAAUCUAUUUGAAAGAAACUGCUAUUGUUGCUAGCAGAGUUUUUCAAAACGACUAAAUGUAAUAAACUUCGAUGAAUCUACAAUUUAUCACCUUGGACCUCCAAAAAGCCGUCCUCAGUCAUUUAUUGUAAUCAAAUCGUGUUGAAGCGAUUUAAUUGUAAACUACCAAGUCUUAAGUGUAUUAGAAGCCCUUGUGUGACUCACGUGGCGAAUUUAUUCAUUCCACCUUUCUAUCGCUAUCGAACUUCAGAAAGACAUCACUGCUGACAACCAUCACCAACAGACUUCAUUUGAGAUGUCUACUUUUCUUCACGCCUGGGAAGCAAAAAGAAGCAACUAUAACUUAGUGAGUAACAAUUUGUAAACGUAUACCUGAUUAAAUACCACAAUACCAAACAUCAAAAUGUAAACUAGUCUAGAAUUCAAUGUCUACAAUUAAAAUGCCAUCAUACCAAAUAUGAAAAAUGUAAGUUAAAAUUAUACGUCAUGAUCGAGCUGAGAUGUUAAAUAUUCAUUUUUGUAAAAUAAAAGCCGUUCAAAAGA